UGCACACAUUGACUGGAGAAUAUGCUCAAAAAUCACAAACUUAAUCAAUUCCAUUGGUUAAUUGUUUCUCUCUUAGUUUAACUUUUUCAUCUAUAUAUUUAAGACUUAAAUAGCUUGGCACUAUAACUUGUUCAGAGUUAAACCACAGGAGAAUAAGACUAGCAAGGGCUGUCAGAGAAAACAAAUGGAAACAAGCAUCAAUAGCAGCUGGAAAUUGGGAACCAGGAUGACUGCACUUGUCGUGGACGAUGAUUCAAUCAAUCAAACUAUUCACCACAGACUCUUGGAACAACUUGGUAUAGAAAACCAGGUGGCCAGAAAUGGGAAGGAAGCUGUUGACAUCCAUUGCUCGGGAAAAACAUUUGAUCUCAUUCUGAUGGAUAGAGACAUGCCUAUCAUGAAUGGCAUUGAGGCAACAAGGAAACUCCGAGCUAUGGGCAUACGUAGCAUGAUUGCCGGUGUAUCAACACGCUGCGUAAAACAAGAAAUUCAAGAAUUUAUGGAAGCUGGCCUGGAUGAUUACCAGGAGAAGCCUUUGACGAGUGCCAAGAUCAUCUCCAUCCUCCAUAAGAUCGAUCACAGCGGAUCAAUUUCAUAUUAGCUUGCCUCUUUUAUGGUACUAUUUUAUAUGUGUUUAGUUUAACGUUAGUAGGGAGGUUAAUCUAUGCAUGGUCUGUUGUAGUUUUUGUGUUUGUGUCAGACUCGUAUAGUCUAAGUCCUACAAUUUGGUGUUUGAUGUUGUAUUAAUGUAAU